AGAGAGCGCGCUCCUCCUUCUCCGUAUCUUCCCACCACUCAUCCCGAAAAGCCAACGAAAGACGGUCUUCACGUCGGAGUCCUGUUAUCAUGUCUCCACUCGCAUAAUGGGAACUGAAUUAAGACAGCUGUGGUACGUCCGUCUCCUGUACUUUUCCGCUUUUACCUUGGCUAGUAGCGUUUGUCUAAUGUAAAUCUACUCUUCGCUCAAUAACUUCUUCUUUCCUGGUAAUUUCCCCCCCUCCACCCCCCCAGACACGCUUUCAGAAAUAACCAAACCUACAUCUUGUAAUUAAACUGCUCUGGAAGAAGCUCCUGUUUCUUCGGAUGGAGAAUUUUGAAUCGCCUUUUAGAGGGUGAAUGAGCUGAUGUCAAGCUGGUUGUGAAGGUGCUGGACUUGUUCCCCCUCGACGCCCCAAGCCGGACACAGCAUGGCGGCAGGAGUAGCGGCAUGGCUUCCCUUUGCCAGGGCAGCAGCAAUCGGCUGGAUGCCUGUUGCCAAUUUGCCCAUGCCAGUGGCUCCCACCGAGAAGAACAAGCGUCAGGAUGAGCUAAUCAUUCUUAAUGUCAGUGGACGGCGCUUCGAGACCUGGAGGAAUACGCUAGACCGCUUUCCAGACACCCUGCUGGGGAGCUCAGAGAAGGAGUUCUUCUACAACGAGGAGACCAAAGAGUACUUCUUUGACCGGGACCCUGACGUGUUCCGCAACGUGCUCAACUUCUAUCGCACAGGCAAGCUCCACUAUCCACGCUAUGAGUGCAUCUCGUCCUAUGAGGAGGAGCUGGCUUUCUUUGGCAUCAUCUCAGAGAUCAUCGGUGACUGCUGCUACGAAGAGUUCAAGGACAGGAAGAGGGAGAACGCAGAGCGUCUAAUGGAUGACCAGGAGGACAAAAAGGACGCUAAGCUGCCCAACAUGACUUUUAGGGAGACUAUGUGGCGGGCUUUCGAAAACCCCCACACUUCCACCAUGGCCCUUGUCUUCUACUACGUCACUGGCUUCUUCAUUGCUGUCUCUGUCAUCACCAAUGUGGUGGAGACGGUGCCCUGCGGCUCGUCGCCCAAUCAGAAGGAAGUGCCAUGUGGUGUGCGCUACACCGUGGCCUUUUUCUGCAUGGAUACGGCCUGUGUCAUGAUCUUUACAGUGGAGUACCUGAUGCGCUUGUUUGCUGCCCCGAGCCGCUACCGCUUCAUGAGGUCUGUCAUGAGCAUCAUUGAUGUGGUGGCCAUCUUGCCCUACUACAUCGGCCUGGUGAUGACUGACAACGAGGAUGUGAGUGGCGCUUUUGUGACACUCCGUGUUUUCCGCGUAUUCCGCAUCUUUAAGUUCUCCCGUCACUCGCAGGGCCUGCGCAUCCUGGGCUACACGCUGAAGAGCUGUGCCUCGGAGCUGGGCUUCCUGCUUUUCUCCCUAACUAUGGCCAUAAUUAUCUUUGCUACCGUCAUGUUCUACGCAGAGAAGGGUUCAAGCUCCAGCAAAUUCACCAGCAUCCCAGCCUCCUUCUGGUACACCAUCGUUACUAUGACAACGCUCGGAUACGGAGACAUGGUUCCUAAAACGAUUGCAGGGAAGAUCUUUGGCUCAAUCUGCUCUCUGAGUGGGGUGCUGGUAAUUGCUCUGCCUGUCCCUGUCAUCGUGUCCAACUUUAGUCGCAUCUAUCACCAGAACCAGAGAGCAGACAAGCGGCGGGCGCAGAAGGUACAGAAAGCUCGCUUGGCAAGGAUACGAAUAUCCAAGGAAGGAAGCUCCAACGCCUUCCUUGACAGCAAGCGCAACGGCCUGUUCAACGAAGCUCUGGAGUUCACAAGUUCCACUGAGGAGGAGCAGCGAUUAACCAAGUCCACCUCUCUACUAGAGAGCCAGCACCACCACCUGCUGCACUGUCUGGAGAAAACCACUAAUCAUGAGUUUGUGGACGAGCAGUAUUACCAGCAGAGCUACCUGGAGGCAGGGCUGCAAAAUUAUUCGUCUCGAAGCCCCUCCCUUUCCAGCCACGAUGGUGUAACUGGCACGUGCUGCACCCGCCGAAGCAAGAAGCACCACACCCCUUUACCAAAUGCCAGUGGCCCAGCACACAUGCAGCCUUUGACACACACGCACACACACCAACAAGGCUUGCAAGAGCUCAGCACCAUCCACAUCCAGCCCCUUACUACCAGCCGCUCCAGCCUGAACAUGCGCGUAGACGAUCCAGCAUCCAUGAACUGCCAGAGCAGCCAGAUCACCACAGCAAUCAUCAGCAUUCCAACACCGCCAGUGACGACUCCUGAGGGAGAUGCUCAUCUGCCCGCUGGCCCCAUCCACCAGAACGUUGUGAAGGUGUCCGCACUGUGAAGACUAGAGUGCAGGCGCAUCACACAGAAAGACAGAUAAAGACUCAUCGAGACAGACUGAGGGACAGGAGGACUGGGAAUGAUGGAGAAGAAGGCAUUCAGAGUCCUAUUUUAGCUGUGGUAGAGCCUGCCCUCUGCUGGUCAUGAACUGUGUGUGUGUUUGUGUGUGUGUGUGUGUGUGUGUGUGCGUUCGUGCGUGCGUGCGUGCGUGCGUGCGUGCGUGUGUGUAUGGAUGAAAGAGUGGAGAAUUUGGUAGGGCAUUGUUUUAGAUGAUAAGGCGUGUGUGUGUGCUUCCCAAGACUCUGAAAUGAGUCCUCAGAAAAAAGUCAUGUGUCGCUGUGCACAAAGCACUUUGUUAUGAUUUCUGUUUCAGUUUGACUCUUACAAUCUUUCAUUUAGCAGGAGAUAUAAAGGGAAAAUGAAGAAAUCUUAAAGGGAAAGAAAAGAAUAAUACAGUAUCAGCACUUCUGUGUCAACUGAUCUAACCCUACCCUUUUGUUUUGUGUCAAUUUGGUCAACUCCCCUCUUAAACAUUCUUUUUCAGGUCCGAUAUCAACCCAGUUGAGUGAAAAUCCUUUACAGGAUGACAUAUGGUAGGUGUGUCUGUGAUGGCUUCACCAAUGAGUUGCAUAUUUGUGAAUGAGUGUACGUAACUUUUUGCUAGAUAGAGGAAUUGUGAUGUUUUUGGAUAGGAGGUAUGUGCCUGUGUGGGAGAAUGUGUUUGUCUCAGUUGAUUGGAAACUUGUGUUUCCUCUCUUCUGGAUGUCUCAAUGGCUCAGUAUAUGGCAUAUUUGACUAGCUGCCACUCUGAAGAGUUUGUUGUACACAUUUCUGUCAGAAAUUCUCAGCUACAAGCCUUUUACACAAUAUGUGCCUGUUGCUGGAGUAAAAAGAGAUUUAUUUGUGUUUAGUUUACUGAAUUCCCUCCCCCAGUCUUUUCCCUUUUGGCUGCUACAGCCAGACAGACCUCAAACAAACCAAUUAUCUUACAAAGAAACCAAAAAAAAAUAGGUUUGAAUUCAAAUCACCACUAUAAAAAGCACAAGGUGUUUCGCUGGGAAUUUCUGAGACAAAUGUGUCUUGAGCCUGGGUACUUUGUGAAUACUGUUAAUAGAAUAUUUUGUAAUAUUUGACCAUCGUUUGGCAGAACCAGUGAAGCUGUCUUCUCAUUGUCUCUCUUUCUCCCUCAGUCUGUCUUUCUCUCUUUCUCUCUUGUUGUUGUCCUGUGGUAUCCCUACCUCCUGUGUGAACAACAGUAUGCUUUCAGUAGUCUUUAUAGCUGUCAAUGUUUUUUCUUCCCCAAACUCAGUGGGCAUUUUUCGAAGUUGUUGAGUAAGUGUACUCCAUGUGGUUAGGGAACUUGGUGUUUGUACUUUUUGUCCUCCUUGUUGUUUCAAAAGAUUUUAUUUACUUUAUCUUCUGGAGAACUUAACGCAGGGAAAUAUGUUGAAAUGGUGACCACAGGGACACAGAGGACACCGGAUGAGCCAUCCGCAGAUCUCUGUCACCAAAAACAUGUGCUAUUCUGUCUGUUCUCUCAACUCGCAGACCCACCAUGUAACCUUAGUAUUACUUUUCAUCAAAUCCCAUCAAAGCUGACCUUUGUAACUAUGGACGGUGACCUUUUAGCUCUGCUGACCUCCCAACGGAUGCCUCCCUGUUGGCGUUUUUCAUCUGGAAUAUCAUUCUGACGCCAAUGUGGACCAGACCACUGCUGGGGUUCCUCCAAUGCUGGCCAGGACUUCAGUCACAGCAGACUAAGCCCCCACUUCUGCUCCACAUUGAUAAAAUUAAAUGUGGAUCAAGAGCACACGUACAGUGCUAGAGAUGUAAUGUAUCAGCAUACUGUCCAUAUCAGCCAAGAGUAUAUUUCAAAAGCAAUACUGGAAUUGGACUUAUAUAAUGUCUGCCCAUAUGUAGCUGAUGUGAAAGUUUUUUUUUUUUCUGUAGAAGUAGACUAACAACUGUCAAACUAGCAGCAAAAUGUAUAAUGGACUUUUUUUUA